UCAAAGCACUCCGACAGAGGAUAUCAGGGAGUGUGGAGCAAGAUGAGGAUUACUACCCUGUUUCUGUUGGUUGCCUUAGCAGCCAUGGUAGAGUGUUACAGUGUUAGCAAGUACAGCAGACGUUCCAUAAGGGAUCUCUUGGUGCGUUCCAAAAGAAGAUGGGUCUUGUCUACAAUUGAAUUUGAAGAGGAACAGGAAGCAAAGUACCCUGUAGAGAUAUCAAGGAUGUAUAAUGACAAGACUCAGGACAAAGACUUCAGGUUUGUGAUAAAUGGAGACGGUGUGCCAGAAGUGUUUACUAUCGAUGAAUCUACUGGAGCUGUCUUUGCACAUAAAAAAGUGGACAGGGAGAUAACUCCACUUUACCACAUCAAGUUUGAUGUCUUGGACAGAAAGACAGGGGAAAAAAUAGACAAGGAACUAGCGUUUGAUGUCGCAAUAAAAGACAUAAAUGAUAAUCCACCCAAGUUUACCAAUCCUGAAAUAACAACUGAUGUAAAGGAAAGCAUAAGAGACAGGUACUUGCCAGUUACAUUGGAGGUCAGGGACAUUGAUCAAGAAAACACACCGAACUCUGAAGUCACCAUCACAAUGCUUUCACAGACUCCACUAGAGCCAAAAAUUAAUGUGGAGCAGUCCAGUGGAGGACUGGCCCGACUCACCUUAAAAGGAUGUUUUGACUAUGAUAAAGCAAAUAAGUAUAAAAUUGUCGUAGAAGCAAAAGAUCAUGGAACAAAGCCAAAGGCUCUGUCCUCUACUGCUGUUGUUAACCUGAACAUUGUUGAUUCAAACACUCACCAACCAAGAUUCAAGGAGAGACAGUACAAAGGCGAAGCAAUGGAAAUGACCACCAACAGUAGUGUUUUGAGAGUUGCUGUAGAGGACAAAGACACGCCUAACACUGAUGCAUGGCGUGCCAAGUACUUCAUCAUUGCAGGGAAUGAGGAGGGAAUCUACAAUCUGGAAACGGAUCCAAAAACAAAUGAGGGUAUCCUGAGUAUCAUCAAGAAAAAAAAUUAUGAACACACAACUUUAAUAAACCUGCAGAUUUCAGUAAAGAACAUUGAAGACAUAUUUGUUUGUGCUGGUGCACGUCCACCUGCAGAUUCAGUCAACAUCACACUAAAAAUGAUUGAUACCAAUGAUCCACCAGAGUUUGAAAAAGUCAUAGCCAAUGUGUACCUGAAGGAGGAAGAGGAGCCAGGAAAGGUGCUUUUCACGCCAAAGGUUAAAGAUGUUGACUCUAACAUUGCCAGGUUUGUGCUCGUAGAUGAUCCAGCUAACUGGGUGGCCAUUGAUGGUAAAACAGGAGAAAUUAAAGCAACUAAGAAGAUGGACAGAGAGUCACCCUUUGUUGAUCAAGAGAAUGUUUACAAAGUCAUCAUAGCUGCAAUAGAUGAUGGUGAACCUCCAGCCACAAGCACGUGCACUGUCAAUUUCCACCUGCAAGACAUCAAUGACAACACUCCCAGGCUGCUCAACAAUAGCGUUGUCAUAUGUGGAAACAAGGAUAGUAAGGUCAUGCUGCGUGCAAAUGACUCAGAUGCCGAUCCUUACAGUGGACCCUUCUCUUUCUCUCUGGGGGGUGAUGAAACACUAAAGCAACAGUGGAAAGUAGAACCUAAGUAUGGUGAGGAAGUUGGCCUUGUUAGCCUGAAGACGCUUCCUUAUCGUAACUAUUCAAUUCCCCUGGUGAUUAUGGACCAACAGAACUUUGCUGGACAUGAAACUCUGGAACUGACAGUGUGUGAAUGUGACGAAAAUGGUUUUUGUCGUGGCAAAAAGCCUCUUUCAAGCAGUUUUGGAGCAGUUGGAAUUGGACUGGCUAUAGCAGGGUUGCUUGCAUUUUUGUUACUACUACUUAUGUUUUUGUGUGAGUAUGGACCAAAGAAGUUUGAGUGUGUGCCAGAAGAUGAGGGCAACCAGACUCUUAUUCCGUACAACCAAGAAGGCGGGGGCUCUCCAUGCACAGUGACUGAGCCCACUUUCUUCCAGACACCAACAGAUAAUAUAAUAGUCACUGAUGGACUCAAGCAAGCUACCAUGAAGCUAACCGAAACUGCCCCAAUAAUGACAUAUGACAUGGAUACAUACAACAGCUCAGCAUCUACCAUGUUUCAGUCACCAGGCAUGUAUCAACAAAGCGAAACUGUCAGAAGCCAUGGGGCGAGAAACACAAUGAGGUACUCUACAUGGCAAACAAACAGGACGAACACCUACCGGGGACGCUCAUCGAUUUACCAACAUUCUUUAAGCCUGCGAUCAGACCAACGCCUUGAAAACCAAAUCGACAGGAGCCUUCACAUGGUUGAUGGAAACCUUGUAGACUACCCAGUCGACCAACCCUGCACCUAUGCCUAUGAAGGAAAGGACAGCGUAUGUCAGUCACUGGAUGAGCUGUCAUUCAACAAUCUGGGAGAUGACUUGCAGUUUCUGGAUGAUUUGGGGCCAAAGUUCCAGACCUUGGGACAGCUCUGUAACCAGACAACUAAAAAAUAAAACAAGCAUACAGCUUUAAAGGGCAAAGCUAAAAUGUAAAUUUGACACCAGACAAGUCACUCCUUAACAUGGGAUUGAAAUUAUGGACUGAUCCAACAUCAUAUACAACCACUUUUUAAUCUUUUACUCAUAGAUUAUGGAUGUGCUUGCGUGAAGAUGGAAUUAAUGCACUGCACAGCCUGUGACGUACUGGUGUUUUUGAAAUGUAGUAACUUGGAAGGGAUUGGAUGUGUUUUAUUGUUUUUUUCAGAUUGCUAAAUAAGGUGUUGUCAGCUCAUUGCAAAAUAGUUGUUCAUUUGUUUGCUUUGUCAGGGCAGUAUUGUUAGGAAAUUAAACAGAAAUUCCUCUGUAGAAACUGGGGUGAUGUCUGCCACGUAUUUUUCAAGCGUGCUCAUUUGUAAAGGAAUAAAAGCACAGGAAUAAAAGGCUAUUGUUCCUACAAACUUUAUAAAUGUCUGUAGCCUAUUGUUAAUGAUUUAGUGACUUAGUGGUGUGGAAUUAACACUGUACAUCUUGCUACAUUAAAAAUAAAAUUUUCUCUUUUAUUUUUGUAUGCAUUUCAUAAUGUAUUAAUAAUAAACAAUUUUUAUAGCACAUUUCUAAGCCAGUUAUGAGAUACUUCAAAGGAUUUACCAAAAUUAGCAGCAAUAAAAAGACAUAGAAAGUGCAAUAAUAAAGAAAACAA